AUGAAUUAUGCGCAUUUUUUGCUGACAGUUUUCCUGACUGUCCUAGGGAGUGGUGUCUGUGAACUGCAGUUUUGCGAUGAUGCCUACCAGCAAUUCCUCAUGUAUGCUGACGUUUGGAAAGAUGUACGAUCUGCCAGUGAAUCGUCAACAACGCACAGCAUCCCAGAAAUGUAUACAGCCAAAUAUUUAGAAGACUACGCCAAGCAAAUCUGCAGUGUGGUGGCACCGCAAGCUCGCAACUCUUUCCGCACUGAAGUGGCGCAGUGCCACAACGUCAACCAAACACUGGCGGUGCUAGAGGAACCUGGGGGAUUUUGUCAAGGCAAUACCCUCAACUACCGUGUCAAAGCUGCAAUCAUUGACCGCCUGCGUCCAGUAUCCAACUUCAUCACCUGCAUGAAAAUCAACGACUACUCUAACUGCUACAGUAGCGCGUCCAGCGAGCUCAAAGAAACAAGACUGUUGGUCAGCAGUUUUCAUGACGAGUUGGACAGGUUUUUCGACCAAAUCUGGGAUUGUCAAGCCAGACUGUACAAGUCGCACUCCGGUAGCUGCCCCAACUGGCAACUGCCCAUGUUGUUGUCGCUGGACUCAAUGUACGUGCCUGUCCUGUUCCGUGUCAGACUGACCGAUCGACAGAUCGCCAUGCUGGAACUGGACACAGAUGUAACCAGUACCACACCUGCAACUAGUACCACGCGUGCGAGUUUGAAGAAAGGCAAGAAAUGGAAGAAGAAGAAGAAGAAAGGUCGAAAAGCAAAGAAAGUGAAAUUGCCAAAGAUUAAAAUAGGCAAAACUAAGAAGACCAAAACAAGCCGCCCCACAACAAGCCGCCCCACAACAAGCUACAAAACAAGCCGCCCCACAACAAAGCGCCCCACAACAAGCUCCAAGACCGGCACAAGCAGUCAGAAAAAAAAAUCAGGAUGA